CACAACUCAGUGAGAGAGAUACAGAUGUGUUUCCAUUCAACAGGCAAGUGAAUAUAUUGUUAAAGAAACCGUUCGACAUGUAUAAGGACGUCACUUACGCUUCCAAGAAGAAGGUGUGCACGAGACCCGACAACAAACCAACACCUGGAAAGCUGUUACCUAAAAGAGAAAACAUGGCAAGGCCAAUGUUACAACACCACACGAAUAAUUUCACCAUAAAAGGCACCAUGACCAUACAGCAGUCUGUCACUGAAAAGGGUCUAAAGCGCCUCCAACAGACGGUCUUGCCACCAAUCCCAAUGGGCUCUCUGAAAACGCAGAAGGAUUUUAGCCGCACUCAGCUAGCUGUCCUGCCACCAAUCUCCAGGAACCCUCAGAAAACCCAACUGAAGUUCAGCCCCUGUCAGAACAUUGUGCCCCCACCAAUCCACACCCAGCAGAAAACCCCCCAACAACCUGCUAUUCAGCAACAAGGGAAUAUGCAGAAAAGCAAAACCAAGAAAAAAAAAGUCAAGAAGGGCUUUGAACCCAAGGAGAAGCCAAAGGUUGAGGAGAGGCCAAUUGUGGAAAGAACAGCCUUGACCCCUGAAACUGUUCUGAGAGAGUCCAGGCCUUACCUGACAGACCAUGAGCUGGAAGAAGUCAAGGAAUACAAAGAAGUGUGGUACCUGGGAACGGAGGCCCAUAAAACUCGCUACUCAAACUUCACUGAAACAGAGGAUAUCAAGUCCACCAACUCUGGCUAUGACACUGAGGAGGGGUACUACAUAGUGAUCAUCAAUGACCACUUGGCCUACCGCUUUGAGGUCCUGGAGGUCAUUGGAACAGGCUACUCUGGACAGGUCCUCAAAUGCUUAGACCACAAGACCAUGGAGCUGGUGGCCAUCAAGGUCAUUCGAAACAAAGACGGUUUUCACUUGCUGGGGAAGGCUGAGGUGAAGAUUUUAGAUGCCCUGCGAAAGACAGACGAGAACAACACCGCCAAUAUUGUCCAUAUGAAGGAGAACUUUUACUUCCGCAAUCACCUUUGCAUCACUUUUGAGCUCUUUGAAAAGGACCUAUAUAAAGCCUUAAAAGAGACCAACCGGCGGGGCUUCGAUGAGAAAGAGAUCCGAAAAUACGCCAUAGAUGUGCUGAAGUGUCUACAGAUGCUCAAAAAGAAGAGGGUCAUCCAUGGCGACAUAAAACCGGAAAAUAUUCUACUCUACAAAAAGGGCAGUGUCAAGCAUGCAGCAGUGAGUGACUUUGGAGGAAGCUGCUUUAUGAAACACAGAGAUCAACCCCUCAUCUACACUUUGUAUUACAUGUCUCCAGAGAUGCUUCUUGGCAAAACAUGCAGCACAGCCACUGACAUGUGGAGCCUGGGCUGCAUGUUACCUGAGCUCUUUCGUGGUCGCCUUCUCUUUCGUGGCCGUGACAAUGUAGACCAGUUCAGCUGUAUAAUGAAGGUUCUGGGUGUCUUCCCUACUGAACUGCUGGUGAGAGCGCCCAAAAGUAAAAAGUUCUUUGAUUUGGAUGGCGUCCCAUUGAAUAUUAAAGAUAUAAAGCUCCACAGCCGCACUCUGGCCAAACAACUGAACUCUAAGGAUGCUUAUUUUCUGGAUUUCAUUGAACGCUGCCUUAAAUAUGAUCCAACAAAGCGCAUAACACCAGAAGAGGCCUUGCAGCAUCCAUGGAUUCACAAGAAAGAUGAGACCAAAGCUGUAAAACUUGCUGAAAAAACUAGAGAAGAUGCCACAGUGCUUACCAGCAGCAUAAAGCCUGUCUUGCUGAAAAAAGAGAAAAUGCCACCACUACAUUUGCCACCGAUCAAGAAAAAGGUAAAAGCGAAGACAGGAGGAAAAUUAAGAGGCAUAUAAAGGUGCCAUGUGGCACAAUCACUGAAAGUGCUGCAAUGCUAGUCACACAGAUAAUGUUUAUUGACCUUUAUUGACCUCAGUGGUUAGCAAUGCUGCCUCGCAGAAGGAUGGAUCUGGACGAUGACAAAAUAAUGCCAAAACCUCUCAAUGUGAAAUUGUUUCCUCCCACAGUCCCAAAGACGUAGAAAUGAGGUGAAUUGGAGAUUCUAAAUUGCCCAUAUACACUGUAUGAAUAUCAAUCUUCCUGCUUCCUCUAAGUUACUAAAAAAUGACCAGACUGAUGAUGUAUUUUUUAAAAUAAAAUAGUUUUGUUGGAAUUUA